GUGACUCCCAACACAGCCCCUCCCCUCUCUGACACUGUGCAGUAAACCCCCAAACAGACUGACCUAAUGGCAGCUCUCUGAAAACACCAGUCUGUUUCGUUUCUAUCAGGAUGGCUGUGGAUUCAUUAUCUCCUGAUUGGGAGUUUGACCGCUUUGAUGAUGGAUCACAAAAAAUUCACACAGAAGUGCAAGUUAAAAACUAUGAGAAGUUUUUAGAGGAGUAUACCGCUCAGCUCCAAGGUAUUGAAGAAGCGCUAGACGACUCUGUUGGAGAUGUAUGGGACUUCACUCUGGAUCCCAUUGCUUUGAAGCUCCUGCCGUAUGAACAGUCCUCACUGUUGGAGCUCAUCAAGACAGAAAAUAAGGUGCUUAAUAAAGUCAUCACAGUGUAUGCAGCUCUUUGCUGUGAGGUUAAAAAGCUGAAAUAUGAGGCUGAAACCAAGUUCUACAAUGGAUUGUUGUAUUAUGGUGAAGGAGUGUCAGACACUAGUGUGGUGGAGGGAGAGUCUCAGAUUCAGAUGGGCCGCUUCAUUUCCUUCCUACAGGAGCUGUCUUGCUUUGUGUCGCGCUGCUUUGAGGUGGUGGUCAACAUGGUUCACCAGCUGGCUGCUUUGUACAACAGCAGCAAGGGUGCAACAAAAAUCAUUGAGUCCACAGGUGUACACUUUCAGACAGUGUACGAACAUCUGGGAGAACUUCUGGUGGUCCUCAUCACCCUGGAUGAGAUCAUGGAGAACCACGCCACACUGAGGGAACACUGGAAGAUGUACAAAAGGUUACUGAAAUCUGUCCAUCACAACCCGGCUAAGUUUGCCAUUCCAGAGGAGAAACUGAAGCCCUUUGAGAAGCUCUUACUGAAGCUGGAGGGGCAGCUGUUGGACAGCAUGAUCUUUCAGGCUUGUGUGGAGCAGAGGUUUGAUAACCCGGGAGAAGGCGUAUCGGUCUCUAAAAACAGUGCCUUUGCAGAGGAGUUUGCGUACAAUAUCAGAACCAUUUUUACCAACGUCGAGUCAAAGCUUGGUGAGCCAUCAGAGAUCGACCAGCGAGAUAAGUAUACGGGCGUAUGUGGCCUCUUUGUGCUACACUUCCAUAUCUUUAGGGCUGUGGACAAGAAGUUCUACAAAUCCCUGCUAGAUGUGUGUAAAAAGGUCCCUGCAGUCACAUUAGCAGCUAAUAUAAUCUGGUUUCCAGACACAUUUCUGAUAAACAAAGUCCCUGCGGCAGCUAAACUACUGGACAAGAAGAGCAUCCAGAGCAUCCGCAGCAGCAGAGACGCAUUCCUGCAGCAGAAGGCACAGACACUAAUGAAGGACAUGCAGUCCUACUACAUAUUUGUGACAUCCUGGAUGAUGAAGAUGGAGUCAAUAUUAUCGAAAGAACCGAAACCAGACAAACUGUCUGAAGACUUGAGCAACAGGUGUAAUACCUUUGUGCAGGGAAUCCUGUACGCUUACAGCAUCAGCACCAUCAUCAAGACCACUAUGAAUAUGUACACGUCCAUGCAGCGGCCCAUGACCAAGACCUCGGUGAAGGCCCUGUGCCGAUUGGUGGAGCUGUUAAAAGCUGUGGAGCAUACAUUCCACCGGCGCUCACUGGUUGUAGCAGAUUCUGUGUCUCACAUCACGCAGCAGCUGCAGUCUCAGGCUCUGGCCUCCAUCUCUACUGCUAAGAAACGAGUGAUCUCUGAUAAGAAGUACAGUGAGCAGAGGCUGGAUGUGCUGUCUGCUCUGGUUCUGGCUGAGAACACUCUGAAUGGGCCCAGCACCAAAGAGAGGAGACUGAUAGUGUCUCUGGCUCUCAGUGUUGGCACUCAGAUGAAAACCUUUAAGGAUGAGGAGCUCCUGCCUUUACAGCUUGUACUGAAAAAGCUGGACUUAAUCAGUGAACUUAGAGAGCGAGUCAAAGUGCAAUGCGACUGCAGUUUUCUGUACUGGCAUCGAACCAUCUUCCCCAUCUACCUGGAUGACGUGUACGAAAACGCAGUGGAUGCGGCCAGAAUUCAUUACAUGUUUAGUGCGCUCAGAGAUUGUGUGCCCACCAUGUUGCACGCCAAACACAUGGAGUCAUGUGAUCAGCUGCUGGAGUGUUAUGACUCUGAGAUCAUGGAAAUCCUCAAUGAGCACCUGCUAGACAAGCUGUGUAAGGAGAUUGAGAAGGACCUGCGCUUGUCUGUGCACACACACCUCAAACUGGAUGACCGAAAUCCUUUCAAAGUGGGCAUGAAGGAUCUGGCGCACUUUUUCUCUCUCAAGCCCAUUCGCUUCUUCAAUCGCUUCAUCGACAUCAAAGCCUAUGUGACUCACUAUCUAGACAAGACAUUUUACAACUUGACGACUGUGGCUCUUCAUGACUGGGCCACGUACAGUGAGAUGAGGAAUCUCGCCACACAGCGCUAUGGGUUGGUCAUGACUGAGGCCCAUCUCCCCAGCCAAACUCUGGAACAGGGACUGGAUGUCCUUGAGAUCAUGAGGAACAUUCAUGUCUUCGUCUCCCGCUACCUCUACAACCUGAACAACCAGAUCUUCAUUGAGAGGACCAGCAACAACAAGCACUUAAAUACUAUUAACAUCCGCCACAUUGCCAACUCCAUUCGCACUCAUGGAACCGGUAUCAUGAACACAACGGUGAACUUCACGUAUCAGUUCCUCCGCAAGAAGUUCUACAUUUUCAGUCAGUUCAUGUAUGACGAGCACAUCAAAUCCAGACUCAUCAAAGACAUCCGCUUCUUCAGGGAAACCAAGGAUCAGACCGACCAAAAGUACCCCUUUGAGCGAGCAGAGAAGUUCAACCGUGGCAUCAGGAAGUUGGGUCUUACUCCUGAUGGUCAGAGCUACCUGGAUCAGUUCAGACAGCUCAUCAGUCAGAUCGGCAAUGCGAUGGGCUAUGUGCGCAUGAUUCGGUCAGGAGGGCUGCACUGCUGCAGUAGCGCUAUUAGGUUUGUUCCUGAUCUAGAGGACAUUGUGAACUUUGAGGAGCUUGUGAAAGAGGAAGGCCUUUCUGAAGAGACGCAGAAGGCUGCCAGCCAACUGGAUUGUGUGCUUAGCGACCUGACUAGCAACUCAGCCGAAGGAACUGAGUACUUCAAGAUGCUGGUGGGGGUUUUCGCUCCAGAGUUUCGCAGCAUUAAGAACAUGCACUUGAGGAACUUCUACAUGAUUGUUCCUCCUCUGACUGUAAAUUUCGUGGAACACUCCAUCGGCUGCAAAGAAAAACUAAACAAAAAGAACAAAGUGGGAGCUGCGUUUACAGACGAUGGUUUCGCCAUGGGUGUCGCCUACAUCCUGAAGCUUCUAGACCAGUAUCAGGAGUUUGACUCCCUCCAUUGGUUUCAGGCUGUGAGGGAAAAGUACGUGAAGGAAAUGAAUGCGGUGGUGAAGGAGCAGAACGUUCAGUCCACCAGCCAAGAUGAGAAGCUCAUGCAGACCAUGAACCUGACCCAGAAGAGACUGGACAUAUAUCUGCAGGAGUUCGAGCUGCUUUAUUUCUCUCUGAGCAGCGCUCGGAUCUUCUUCAGGGCUGAUAAAACAGCAGCCGAGGAGACCCAGGAGAAGAAGGACAGAGAGGAAGUUGGCAAAACUGCUCCUGGUUCCUCAACGAUUGAGGGUUCUCCUGGGGAACUAAGCGGCAAGUGAAACUACGAAGCAGCUUGAAUGAUAUAAAUCAUGGAGGUUAUAAACAUUGAUCCUCCAGCCACUAUACUUCUGUUGGAGUCUGUACAGCAUCUUAAACUCAUUUUGGCAUUACGCCACCUGCACUCAUUAGACUGGAACUGACUGUGGAUUUGGACCAACGAUUUGGUUUUAGACCAUUAUUGUUUUAUAUAUCUACAAUGACAUGUUCAACCGCUGUUUUGCAAGCAUUAUGUUUUCAAUAAUGACGUGCUCAUGUAAAUUUGAGAAAUGUGAUUGGUAGAUGAGGUUAGUUCACCCAAAAAUGCAAAUUCUGUCAUUAAUUACUCACCCUCAUGUCGUUCCACACCCGUAAGACCUUCGUUCAUCUUCAGAACACAAAUUAAGAUAUUUUUGAUGACAUUUAAAUGCCCAGAAAGGUUCUGAAGACAUUUAAACUGUUCAUGUGACUACAGUGGUUCAACCUUAAUGUUAUGAAGCGACGAGAAUACUUUUUAUGCACCAAAAUAACAAUUUUAUUCAACAAUAUCUAGUGUUGGGCGAUUUCAAAACACCGCUUCAUGAAGCUUCGAAGCUUUACAAAUCUUUUGUUUCGAAUCAGUGGUUCGGAGCGUGAAAGUCACGUGAUUUCAGUAAACGAGUCUUCGUUAUGUCAUAAAUGUUUUGAAAAUUUCAAUGGUUCAUGUGACUUUGGCAGUUUGAUACACGCUCCGAACCACUGAUUCGAAACAAAAGAUUUGUGAAGCUUCAUGAAGCAGUUUUUUGAAAUCGGCACUGAAGCCGAAAAAUUGUAGAACAGGAAAGCGCUGCACUGUCUCUACAACGUAAACAGCGUAGGAGACUGACAGGGAAGAGAAGAAAUUGUUGAAUAGUCGUUAUAUUCUCGUUGGUUAAUAAAAUUAAGGUUGAACCACUGUAGUCACAUGUACUAUUUUAACAAUGUCUUUACUACCUUUCUGAGCCUUGAAAGUGAUAAUUAAAUUUUGGUCUAUGGAGGAGUCAGAGAGAUCAGAUUUCACUAAAAAUUUCUCCAUUUGUGUUCUGAAGAUGAAUGAAGGUCUUACAAGUGUGGAAUGAUGUGAGGGUGAGUAAUUAAUGACAGAAUUUGCAUUUUUGGGUGAACUAACCCUUUAACAUCCUCUUGAAUAUUAGGCACAAGUAAUUUUUUAUGAUAAAAGAUGUCAAAGAACUGAAUAAUGAAUGUUACAGAUUAGUUCACCCAAAACUAAAAAUUCUGUUAUCAUUUAUUCACCCUCAUGUCAUUUCAAAUCCGCAUUACUUUUAUUGUUUUUCAUCAAUACAAUGGAAGGCAAUGGGGACCAAUAUGGUUAUUUUGGACCCCAUUUACUUUCAUUAUAUGGACAAAAACGGUCCCACAAAAGAAAGAUCCCGCCCUACUCAAAUUCAUGUAGGUUUGGAAUAACACGAGAAUAAAUGAUGACAGACCUUUCAUUUUUGGUGUCAUUUGAAUGUUGAUUUAUGGAAACUAGAAUGCUUUUUUCUUCUGUCAAGAGUACUAAUUUACCCAAAUCUUAUUCAACUCCAUAAUUUUUGAAAUGUGACUUGUAUAAUAUAAAAUGUAGCACACAAACAUGUUCUGUUUAGUGUAUUUGUGCUGCCUAAAAUGUGUCCUGACAGUUAAAAACACAUAAAUUGUCCUUGAGCACUGUGAUGGAGGAAAUUGAAUUGCACUUGCCUUAAAGCUGCUGCUGUCUUACAGUAUUCAUAGUGAUCGACAAGCGCACUACACAGCAGUUUCUUCACAUCAGUGACAUUCCCUCUGAUUUUUCUUGUCCAUUUUGAUCGUUUGUGUGUAUUAACCAUUAACCUCAAGGCAUCUUUAUUAAAAGACUUGGAAAAAAAAAGCAAAA